CCCCGCGCCCGCCCGGCCCGCGCCCCCGCGUCCCCGCGUCCCCGCGUCCCCCCAUCGCCUUGCUCGGAAGCUGCCGGAGCCUCACAACUUCGCUAUUUGGCUCUAGGUUCUCUGGCAGGCCGUUUUCUUUUCUCAUUCGCUCAUCAGCCAGGAAAAGGGACUCGCUGUUGGCGCUUCGGCCUCCUGUUCAUUGAGAAAAAGAGGAAAUACUCCGCGUGCGCUCCCAGAAGAGGAGAGUCGCCUCCAGCACGAACCCCAGAGUGUUCAACCGCGGGCACCUUGGCUCCGGAUUUUCAUUUCCUUUUUCCUCCCGUCUAUUGAUCUGAAGUUGGACUGAAGCAGGUUGGAAAGAGGGGGGUAAAAAGUUUGCAUCGGGCUGGAUUUAUUUGCACAUCGCAGGAAGAAGAGAACCCGAGGAACAGGGGUUGGUGCAAAGCCGCGAUCACGUUUCCUCAGGAGUUCAGAUGUGGUCUAAGCCUGCUGGAGUGACCACACAUCCAAGACCUGAUGGAGGCAAGAGCUCAGAAUGGCGGGUCACAGCCCUUGCUGCAGACACCCCGUGACGGUGGCAGGCAGCGUGGGGAGCCCGACCCCAGAGAUGCCCUCACCCAGCAAGUUCAUGUGUUGUCUCUGGAUCAGAUCAGAGCCAUCCGAAACACCAAUGAGUACACAGAGGGACCCACCGUGGUCCCGAGACCUGGGCUCAAGCCUGCCUCUCGUCCCUCCAUGCAGCACAAACCCGAGAGACUCCACGGGCUGCCCGAGCACCGCCAGCCUCCCAGGCUCCAGCACUCCCAGGUCCAUACUUCUGUGCGAGUCCCUCUGUCCAGGUCCAUCAGCACAGUCAGCUCAGGGUCGCGGAGCAGUACGAGGACGAGCACCAGCAGCAUUUCCUCCGAACAGAGGCUCUUAGGAUCAUCCUUCUCCUCUGUGCCAGUUGCUGAUGGAAUAAUCCGGGUGCAGCCCAAAUCUGAGCUCAAGCCUGGUGAGCUUAAGCCGCUGAGCAAGGAAGAUUUGGGCCUGCACGCCUACAGGUGUGAGGACUGCGGCAAGUGCAAGUGUAAGGAGUGCACCUACCCGAGGCCUCUGCCAUCAGACUGGAUUUGCGACAAGCAGUGCCUUUGCUCAGCCCAGAACGUGAUUGACUAUGGGACUUGUGUGUGCUGUGUGAAAGGUCUCUUCUAUCACUGUUCUAAUGAUGAUGAGGACAACUGUGCUGACAACCCGUGUUCUUGCAGCCAGUCUCACUGUUGUACACGAUGGUCAGCCAUGGGGGUCAUGUCACUCUUUUUGCCUUGUUUAUGGUGUUACCUUCCAGCCAAGGGUUGCCUUAAAUUGUGUCAGGGGUGUUAUGACCGGGUUAACAGACCUGGAUGCCGUUGUAAAAACUCAAACACAGUUUGCUGCAAAGUUCCCACUGUCCCACCUAGGAACUUUGAAAAACCAACAUAGCAUCAUUAAUUGGGAGUAUUGCAGUAAUCAAGGAGUGUUCCUUUUUUUUUUUUUUUUUUUUUU